ACCCAUAACCAAUCAUAACCUUAAUUUGAUUUGUUUAUUAAGUGAUUUAUAUUUUUGUAUAAAAAAAUAUGUAAAUAAUAAUAACAUAAUUAAGCCUAACUAUAUUAAAAUUUUUAAAAAUAUCUACGCACAAUAUCAAUAAUGGGAUAUAGUACCUUGUAUUUUUAUAUUUUUUUACUAUGUAUAUGUAGUUUAUCUUCUCUUCCUCCAGAACCAAAUAGGACUAACAGGAUGAAUAAACACCAUGCAAACUUGAUGGGCGCCGAGGAAAAUACAAAAAGACAAGAAGAAGCAUCUGAAAUUCAUAUCACAAGUAAAAAAACUAUUAAAAUGGGAAAAAAGGAUGUCCAAAAUACACAUUUAGUAAACAAUGAGAAAAAAGUUGAUGACAAGAAAACUAAGAAUGUUUCAAACAAUACUGUAACAACUCCAAAUGUUUUAGUUAACAAUGCUAAUAUUAAAACUGGUGCAAAUGCAGAGAUUGAAUCUGGAGCGGUAAUGAGAGGAAUUUUUGUUUUUGUUGGAAUAACUAUGAUUUGUAUAAUGUAUAUAGGCUUCAAGACAUAUUUUAGAAAGGGAAAUAAGAAAAGCCCAUUAAUAAAAAAAUAUGGAGUAAAAACAAGAAGAUCAGAUAUUGAAAUGGAACCUUUACCUCUUGAUGAAGAUGAAGAGGACGAAACUGUUUUUGACCUGGGAAAUGUAACUAAUCGAUAACAUUCAAAAUACUUUUUUAUUAUUGUUGCACUAUUUUCUUUCUUUUGUAAACAAAUUAACAUUACAAUUUUUCAUUUCAAAUUGAAUUUUGGAAUAACUGAAUGGAUGAUGUUUAUUUUUUGUACAAAAAUUAUUUAUUUAUAAAGUUCUUGUAUAAUUUGAAUUUUAAAAUUACUAUAUGCAUGUGUCAAGUACUUAAAUUGGUUUCAAGAACUUGAAUUGGUUGGUUUUAGAAAGACAAAAUUAUGAAAUUGAGGUUGUUUAAGCAUUAUAUAACAUUUUGGUGUUUUGGUAGAUUACUUGCGUAUUUUGUCUUAAAUGCUGAUUGAUUUUGAAUCAGUGAUAGAUAAAAACCCGUAAUAGACUGAUUUAUUUGUAGACUAAGUACAACUUUGUAAGAUAUUAUUUCCCCACAAUAUAAAUUUCACUAAGCUAUUCAUAUAUUUGCUUGUAGUUAUGUUUUAUAUUUUUGUAAUUCUAUCAUUUCUAUUUGUUUGUAUAAAUCCCUUAGGUGAAAAGCCUAUAGUGGCAAUACGUUUAACUGUUUUUCAUUUUAUCUGUAGUUGCAGUUGCUAAUAUCCCAAUCUAAAAGUUUAUAACACUUAAAAUUAACAACUGAAACUAUAAAUUUAUUACUAACAAAAAGGCACUGUGAACUUUCAUAAUUGUGUGAAUAUAUUGAUAUGCCAUGUUAAUGAUUUUAAUGUUUAAUAAAUAUGUAUAUUUUUA